UGUGGGAGGAAUAGUCGAAUUAGUUGCAUUGUAAGCCACCUCGUACUUGCCAUAUAGUAUGAGUUAGAAUGCAUAAAAAUAGAAAAACACAUGUGAUUGAAUGAUAGGCAAUAUUAGAAAAAAAGUUCAGUUCCCCAUUAACUACCGUUGCCUGGGAAUAUUCUCAAUCACUAUGGCGUACAGUAUUUUUUAGAACCAAAAUGUGCGGAACAAAAAACAAGCACAAAUGUCCCCAUAUAUAAAGCGUUUCACUAUGUUCCUUUCUCCUCCUGAAAACAUCAAUUUGUGUGCAUGUGGUUCCGCCUUCUCUCCCUCCCACCAGGCCCCGCCCCUUGUUCCUCCUGUCCAAUCAAAGCGUAAUACGUCAUCGAGUGGCUCGCGACCAGAGCUGAGCGGUGGGGGGCGACAAGAAGGGGGAGGGUCACAUGUGUACACAUUGUAGCUCGUAACACGGACUGCCCACUUUUUCCUCAACAAGCGAGGAAAAAAGUUCAUAGUCGAAGGCCCCCGCGAAUGGAUUCUGCUGUCUGAUUUCAUCUCGUAGGAGGAUUUGUUUGCUUUUAAUUAAAAAAAAGGGACGUUUGCGCUCCGAAUGAAGCCAUUGAGAUAUGCCAGUGGAAAUGCUUCAUCCUGACCCGAAGCCUCCGUAGGUUGUCCGCCGACAGCCAGCCAAGUCUAUAACGUCUCUGUCCAACGGUGGCGAGCACCCGUCCCGGCCCCAGCGAUGUGGAUCUGCAUGGUUUACAAUGAGACGGAAAGCAGCGUGGACUUCCGCCUCUGCCAGGACUUCGGCCUCAUCCUGUCCGUGCUGUCGCUGGUCUACCUCCUGGUGUGCUUCCCGGUGGCCGUGUGCUACAACGUGCUGCUGGUGGCCGUCAACCUGUCCAACAAGGUGUCCAUGACCAUGCCGGACGUCUACUUCGUCAACAUGGCCAUCGCCGGCCUGGUGCUCAACGUGGUGGCGCCCGUGGAGCUGCUGAGCUCCACCUUCACCCGCUGGCACGCGUGGGAGUACACCAACGAGGUGUACAUCACGCUGCUCAUCCUCUUCAACAUCUCCUCGCUGGUCAUCAUGUACUCCACCACCUUGCUCAGCCUGGACUACUACAUCGAGCGCGCCCUGCCGCGCACGUACAUGUCCAGCGUGUACAACACCAAGCACGUUUGCGGCUUCAUCUGGGGCGGCGCCGUGCUCACCAGCUUCUCCUCGCUGCUCUUCUACGUGUGCAACCACAUCUCCACCAAGAUGGUGGAGUGCUCCAAGAUGCAGAACAAGGAGGCGGCCGACGCCAUCAUGAUGUUCAUAGGCUACGUGGUGCCGGCCGUGGCGGUCCUCUACGCCUUCGUGCUCAUCCUGCGCAUCCGGAAGGAGUCGACGCCUCUGGACCAGGACUCGGCCCGCUUGGACCCGUCCAUCCACAGGCUGCUGCUGGCCUCCGUGUGCGUGCAGUUCUUACUGUGGAGUCCCUACUACGUGACGCUGCUGGUGCACACGGUGGCCGGCGCCCCCGGCUACGUCAGCAGCUCGCAUUACUUCCCCACCUACUACUUCCUGAGGUGCAUGUCCAAGCUGAUGGCGUUCUCCAGCAGCUUCGCCAUGCCACUCAUGUACCGCCAGAUGAACAAGAACUUCUCCAACAAGCUACAGCGGCUCCUCACGAGGCUCCGCUGCCGGGACCAGUCCUGCCCCCACGAACGCUCCACAGUGCAGCGAGUGGUCACGUGAAGCCCCUGCUUUUUUUUUUCUUCCGGCACUUAUCUUCCCAUCCGGCCCCCAACCACCCUCCAGAGCCAGUAUCUUGCUUCCGCCGCGCCCUCGCCGCUCUGGACUGCGUUAAAGCGCGACAUAGCAAACUGUGGAAUUUCCUGUCACCUUCCGGAGCGAGAUCCGACAGAGAUCAGUUCUGCAGAGCGAGAAGGAAAACCACUAAGUGCUGACAUUCUUUGUGUGUAUGACCAAGAGAAGCGCUCCACUCACUUGGCUUUUCACUUUGUGUGGUGACUUAGCACCUACGCUAGCUCUUAGCUCUUGACCAUUGCAGUGGCCUGAAUCCUGGCAAUGUGACGAACGCAUGGCUGAAUGUUGCCGUACAUUCAUUAAGCUACUCUUAUGUAAAGAUCUCCUUUGAACUCUACAGCUUCCCAAAUGUUUAGCGUAGCGAGAGAACGCAUCGCCGGUGUAGCCGCCGCACCAUCAACACAAUGUUGAACUGACUAUGAAAUUAAGUCAAACCUUAGCUAGCAUGUUCACGAAGCACUUUGUGUACCAGAUAAGCUUCUCAGCCUUUAAGUACGUCACACUUGAAGGCAUCUUCUUGAAAGCUCCACUUGCAGAACCUUUACUAGGGGUGUAACGGUACGUGUAUUUGUAUUGAACCGUUUCGGUACGGGGGUUCCGGUUCGGUUCGGAGGUGUGCCGAACGAGUUUCCACACGGACAUAUUAAGUAGCGUAACGCACGUUGUGUAAACGAUGCACACCGAGGCACAACACACGGCAUGCUAGCAGCUAACGGGCUACGAUAGACUGACCAUACGUCCUCUUUUGCGGAGCUGUCAGGGCGGUGUUUCUUAAAUGCCUCAAAUUGUCCGGCAUUUUGAGUUAGGGUUGCGUGUAUUUUCAAUGUACGUUCAGGGUUAAGAAGGGGUUGAAAACAAAACAAAUUGUGCGCGCAGCAGCAUUGGUGAGGGAGGGGCAGAGACAGAGAGCGCGAGAGAGUUAUGAUAAACGCGCAUGCGUCGCCAGGCUCUGCUUUUUAUCCAUAGAUUUAUCAGAUUAAAUUUUUUAUUAUCUAUAGCAGGGGUGUCAAAAGUGUGCCCCGGAGGCCAUUUGCGGCCCACAGCUAAUGUUUUAAAGGCCCACGGCACAUUCUAGAAAUACUAUUGCAAUAAACAAAAACAUAAAAAAAGUGAAAUAAAAAAGCUUAAAGGUUAAAUGUAAUUUAGAAAAAGUUGCAACGUUGACUAAUUUUUUCUUUCAAAAAAACAUAAUAUUGAAUCAAAAUCAAUGUUAUUAUGAAUUAUUGACCUAUCCAAGGUUCCGAUUACUUCACAUCAAAUAUUCCACUAAGAAAAAUAUUUUUGGAGGAAGAUUUUGCAAAUUUGGUAAAUAAAUAACCCAAAAAUGUAUAUUUUGUUGUUUUCUUACUGUACCGAAAAUGAACCGAACCGUGACCUCUAAACCGAGGUACGUACCGAACCGAAAUUUUUGCGUACCGUUACACCCCUAACCUUUACCCUUCUGCCCAUAACUUGGCCAUUGCGUUGAAGUAGAUGGAUCCCCUCUCAGGGUACAAUGGAAGCUAUUUAGUCCAACACAACAACACAAAUGAAUGAAUGUCCCAUCACAAAAUCGACAGGAACCCUUAAGUUAACCACAUUAGGUACAACUAAAAUAAAGUAAGACGACGCCAAAUAGAAAUGUAUGACAGGAAUCGCAUAGAAUUCCACCAUAAAGCCUAGAUUAUCGUCACGGAACACAUAACCCCUUCCAAACCCCAAAAAAUUAGACUUCUUCUCUGAUUUUGGAGCAUUUUGAAUUGAAUUGAAGUAUUUAUUUCAAACACUUUUUUUUUUUUUUACAUCUUGGCAGAGACAUUUGUGCAAGGCUUGAAAGAGGUUGGAUGAAGCAGAUGCUUAUAAUAUCCCAACCCCUCUCACUCAUUCCACAUUUAACAUAAACAAUAUAAUACAAGAACAAUACCAUACAAACAAAAACAAGAAAAACUCCUGUACACUAAUAAUACAAUAGUACCACUGUUAGUAUGAGACAAGACUAGACGAUUACGUACAAUAUAAGUGAUUCAGUCGCCAUUGUUCACUACUCUGUUACACAAAAUGCUAAAUUAGCAAGUUAGCAAGAGUAGUGGUCGCAAUCAAACCAGGCUGAGCAUAAUCCAGGCGUUACUGUGAAGCAGAUGCAUCCACCCUUGAGGUAUGGCACUGUGAUACAAUGAUCCUCUGGUUGACUUUCAGGUUUAAAAACUGUCGCCAUCAUGAAGGCAAUGUUCAAGUUUAUAAGAGUGCACUUAAUAAUUCCCGAGUUUAACAAAACAUGAUAUAACAAGACUAAGAUAAGGUAAAACUACUCCUGGUGCCCCAAAAAAAUAGAUUCCCAUCCGAAUCGCAAUUCUUAUUUAUCCCGAUUCUAAAUUGAUUCAUCAUUUUCAAAAAUCUAUUUAAAUUUAUUUAUUUUUUUACUUUUUAAAAAUAUUUUUAUAAGAAUCAGUUUUUAAACAUAAGUCUUUAAACCAUUCCUUGCAACCAAAAGGAGCUUUUAUAACCUGUAACCUGUUUCGAAAAAAGUUACAUUGAAUUUUAUACCAAAUAAUUGCUUUGAUUUACGUGACGUCACGUCCGUCUCACAUUCGGCUCAUUAAAUAUGCGUGGUGGUCUGUUUUCAAUGAGUACUAGGCGCUCGAAGAAAAAUUCUCUAUGCUUGCGUUGUUUUCAGCUGACCGUUCAAAUCGCGAAGAGGAUAAAAGUUUCGUUUUUUUUCCGGGAACUCUGAAGAAGCAAGAUUUUAGUGUCACGCACUUCAGUCCAAGGGAGCAGAGUGGAAAAAUGCACGAAUUUGCAGUAAUCACUCAGGCACUACACGAUUCGAUUUGAUUCUUGGGGGUAACGAUUCUCUGUUCAAAACUAUUCUUGAUUUAAAAUUAAUAUUUUUUUAAUAACAUUGGGUGCCAGUUCUAUGACUAACUACAUUCACCCAUAAAACAAACAGAUGUGAUCAAUUUCGAUAUUACUUCAAAGAAAACCCAAACAUUUAAGAAAGUCAAUUACAAAUAAGGCAACAAGAGAAGUAUCCCACACUAAUCUGUACAUAUGGACAUCUAAAUCAACAAUAUUAUUUGCCUGAGUAGCUAGACAGCACAGAUUAAAAAAUAUAUAUACAUUAUUGAUUUAUUUGAAUCGAUUAAGAAUCACGUUUCAUUCGAAAUUAUUUUUCUUCCGACACACUUAGUUUAAUAUAUUUUUAACGUUUAGUAUUUCCCAUUUAAGUAUUAUCUUGAUCAUUUUUGUACUUCUUAAGACACAUUUUUGCUACGAGUGUUUCAUAAAGCACCAACUCGGCGAGUCUAAGUAAAAGAAAGCAAAUGUGAGCAAAACCUCAAAGAAAAAAGCUUCUACCAAAGGCAACAAUCAUAAAUGAAGCUUUCAGCACGUACACAAUGUUGACAGCUAUAGUUCUAUUUUAAUAAAGAUGAGGAAAAACACGCUACUCGUAAAUGGCGCGUGCAACAAAAAGCCAACAAACAUGGAUGUCGAUGCGAAGUUAAAUGAUGAAAUGCAACCUUUCCCGAGCAAAAACGAUGCGUACCGUAUUUUUCGGAGUAUAAGUCGCUCCGGAGUAUAAGCCGCACCGGCCGAAAAUGCAUAAAAAGAAGGAAAAAAACAUGUAUAAGUCGCACUGGAGUAUAAGUCGCAUUUUUGGGGGAAAUGUAUUUGAUAAAACCCAACACCAAGAAUAGACAUUUGAAAGGCAAUUUAAAAUAAAUAAAGAAUAGUGAACAACAGGCUGAAUAAGUGUACGUUAUAUGAGGCAUAAAUAACCAACUGAGAACGUGCCUGGUAUGUUAACGUAACAUAUUAUGGUAAGAGUCAUUCAAAUAACUAUAACAUAUAGAACAUGCUAUACGUUUACCAAACAAUCUGUCACUCCUAAUCGCUAUAUCCCAUGAAAUCUUAUACGUCUAGUCUCUUACGUGAAUGAGCUAAAUAAUAUUUGUUGAUAUUUCACGGUAAUGUGUUAAUAAUUGCACACAUAAGUCGCUCCUGAGUAUAAACUAUGAAAACAAUUAUGCGAAUUAUAGUCAGAAAAAUAUGGUAUUUAUACCGGUAGAGUUGGAUACCUAUGUCCUUGACCCAGCCACACACAAAUAAGUUGUAGACCUCCAUGCUUUUCCAAGUUUUCAUCUGUUUUGUCGAAUAGAAUGGCGUCUAGAGCAGUGUUUUUUAACCACACUAGUUUGCCGUGAGAUACAGUCUGGUGUGCCGUGGGAGAUUAUCUAAUUUCACCUAUUGGGGUUAGAAAUAUUGUUUGCAAACCAGUAAUUAUAGUCUGCAAAUGAUGUGUUGUUGUUGAGUGUCGGUGCUGUCUAGAGCUCGGCAGAGUAACCGUGUAAUACUCUUCCAUAUCAGUAGAUGGCAGCCGGUAGCCUAUUGCUUUGUAGAUGUCGGAAACAGCGGGAGGCAGCGUGCAGGUAAAAAAGCGUCUAAUGCUUAAACCAAAAAUAAACAAAAGGUGAGUGCCCCUAAGAAAAGGCAUUGAAGCUUAGGGAAGGCUAUGCAGAACGAAACUGAAACUGAACUGAUUACAAAGUCAACAAAAACAGAAUGCUGGACGACAGCAAAGACUUACUGUGGAGCAAAGACGGCGUCCAUAAUGUACAUCCGAACAUGACAUGACAAUCAACAAUGUACCCACAAAGAAGGAUAAAAACAACUGAAAUAUCCUUGAUUGCUAAAACAAAGUAGAUGCAGGAAAUAUCGCUCAAAAGAAGACAUGAAACUGCUACAGGAAAAUACCCAAAAAAGGGAAAAAGUCACCAAAAUGGGAGCGCAUGACAAGAACUAAAACACUACACACAGGAAAACAGCAAAAAAAUCAAAAUAAGUCAGGGCGUGAUGUGACAGGUAGUGACAGUACACCUACUUUGAGACAAGAGCUAUAUUGAUGCAUGCUUGAUUAUGGUUUAAAGUCAUAUCCAACUAUUGCGACAAUGACUUUUUACUGUCAAUUGAGUUUCGUUUUUUAAUGAUUUCUGCUGGUGGUGUGCCUCCGGAUUUUUUCAACGCAAAAAAUGUGCCUUGGCUCAAAAAAGGUUGAAAAAGAGCACAAAAUAGUUCGAUAUGUCUGGAAACGCGACCAACCGAUAAUCCUUGAUAUCACUCGACACAUCUUUUUUCAUAAAGUAUAGGAACCUAUUCCAUUGCAGAGUUAGAUUUUUUUUCUCCUAGGAAGAUCUAGGCCCCUUGCAAUCUCUGAGAGCUUGGCCAUCUUGGCUUGAUUGACCACCACUGUUUUUCACUUCCGGGAUGAAGUCACGUGACCGAAUACACGCAUUAAAUUGCGAGAAUGUGUUUGAAUGGAGUUGAAUCAAGGAUCGAUUCUGAAUUGCAUCGUCACCCCGGGAAUCGUAAUCGGGUGGAAUCGUUAGGUGCCCAAAGGUUCCCAUCCCUAACGGACACAAAAUGAGGAUUGGAAUGUGAUAUGUUUAGUUACUGCAGGAAUUAACACUUUGAAAGUACUUCUGUAUUUUAAAACCUAAAUACCUGAUUAGAACACCCACGCGCUGUCGACGGCCUCAGACAAAACCGUUUACCUCAUUACCCGGGAAAUCAUUAAAUCCAAAUCCCAAGAAUUUUGGCCGGAGUCGAACCACUUCAGAUUAGUACAGCUAUAAUUUUGUUUGCUCCUGAGGCUUGCCCUGAGGGGGGGGCGUUCAGGAACGCUAGGAACAUUCCCACUUUCUCAUUACUGAGGUUUGGAUCUUCCCUGCAAACUUAGAAGAGUUGAGCACUUGGGAGUUUUGUAUUCACCUUUUUAUGGAUUGGAAUUAGAGAUGUCUGAUAAUAUCAGGCUGCUGUAAUAUCGUAAAUUAUCGGUAUCGGUUUCAAAAAGUAAAAUGUAUGACUUUUUAAAAACGCAGCUGUACGGAGUGGUACACGGACGUAGAGAGAAGUACAGAGCGGCAAUAAACCUUAAAGGCACUACCUUUGUGUGCCGGCCCAAUCACAUAAUUUCUACACUGUAAAAAAAAAUCCUAUUUUUAUGGUUAAUUUACUCUAAAUUUUUACUGUAAUUUUUCUAUUUUUUUUUUAAAUAGUUUAUAAAACUGUAGAAUUGAAGACAUUAUCUGUAAAUAAACAAUCCGCCUGUUAUUUUAAGUAAUAUGCCUGACAAACUAUGUAUAUUUCAAUUUUUUUUACAGAAAAAUACCAAAUUAAUUAUACAUAGCAUUUUCUGUUUUCUUAAACUACUUUCAAAUUCAUGUAAUAUUACCAUAUUUUUCCGUAAAACGUUUCAUGAAAAUUUCUGUGAUUGUUUUUGAUCAUUAUUUGGUUUACAAUGUUUUAUUUUAAUUUUAUGGUUUUCAUUUGGCAGCCAUAGCUGCCAGUAGAUGACCGUUUUUUUACAGAAUUUUUUUUUACAGUGUACGGCUUUUCACACACACAAGUUAAUGCAACGCAUACUUGGUCAACAGCCAUACAGGUCACACUGAGGGCAGCCGUAUAAACAACUUUAACACUGUUACAAAUAUGUGCCACACUGUGAACCCACACCAAACAAGAAUGACAAACACAUUUCGGGAGAACAUCCGCAACAUAAACACAACAGAACAAAUACCCAGAACCCCUUGCAGCACUAACUCAUUCGCCCACCUCAACCUCCUCAUGCUCUCUCAGGGAGAGCACGUCCCACAUUCCAAGCUGCUGUUUUGAGGCAUGUUAAGAAAAAAAUAAGGCACUUUGUGACUUCAAUAAUAAAUAUGGCAGUGCCAUGUUGGCAUUUUUUGAGUUGAUUUAUUUUGGAAAACCUUGUUACAUUGUUUAAUGCAUCCAGCGGGGUAUCACAACAAAAUUAGGCAUAAUACUGUGUUAAUUCCACGACUCUAUAUAUCGGUAUCGGUUGAUAUCGGCAUCGGUAAUUAAGAGUUGGACAAUAUCGGAUAUCGGCAAAAAAGCCAUUAUCGGACAUCUCUAAUUGGAAUGUAUUCAAUAUUGUAUUUCCUCAAAUAGUGGCCAAGUCAGUCAUUCUAUUAUAGCAUCCUUUAGGAACAGAGGCCACUAAUUGACUUAACACAGUACUUUUUUUUUAUUCUAAAGUACUCACACGAUGCUGCUUUUUGAUUGGUUGAAACUUUUAUUAGUAGAUUGCACAGUACAGUACAUAUUCCAUACAAUUGACCACUAAAUGGUAACACCCGAAUAAGUUUUUCAACUUGUUUAAGUUGGGGUCCACGUAAUCAAUUCAUGGUAAUUCAUGACCCUUGUCACGUGUGUGCAAUUGUGCACCUCAAAAAAAAAAAGUCCCCAUGUUGGCUGCUCUUAAACUAUAUCAAUCACAAACACUCAUUUGACUUUUAGAAGAUACUUUGUUUAAAAAGCCUCAGACAUAUCAUUACAUUUGUCAUUUUCACUUCACCUCCCCUCCAUGAAACGCUCUACAACGCCGUGUUGUUGCAGUGCCAUCUGUUGGAGAAACAUGCAGCAGGGUUCAUUUUUAUAUACGCUUUUUAACACCCCAAAUGUUUUUUUAAUCUACGCUAUUUCAACAGCAAAACCUCAUAGGGUCCAAAAAAAAAACACCUUUCCGUGUAUACGAGUGUACAUUAUGAUGCGAAAUGAAUGUGUAUAUAUUGUGAGAGAUUCUACAGUACAGAUGAUAAAUUGAGUGCUCUGUUGAACAGUUAUUUUUGGGGUGGGGCGGGGGUGUAAGAGAUUUAUGUAGAUUCUUUAAGUAAUCUACUGUCAUCUUGAGUCAAAGACUGAAUAAACCAUAAACUAAC